UUAAGCUUUAGCUAGACACGCUUUGAAGAUAACAUAUCCUUUCAGUUUCUGAGUCUGGCGAACUGAGAGUUCCGCCGAUGACAACUCAGCUUUCCAGUCUCUGUCUCGACCGCCUUUCAGGCACACUUUCUGGAGAAUCUCUCUACCGUCGCAGCAGAAGUAGCCACCGUCCACCCUCGGCCUCUCCAACCGUUGCGCGUCAUUCUACUUCUUCAUCCUCCAUCCAGAUUGUUGGUGGUGGAUUGUAUGGUAGUGAGCGUUCAAAGCUGAGUAGUAAUUUAGAGAGUGUCCCUGAAGAAUUUGAUUGGAUAGAUUUAGAGGCUGAUCUUUAUCAUUGGACAAAGACAUUACGCCCAGUUCAGUGGUAUCCAGGUCACAUUGCAAAAACUGAAAAAGAACUCAAGGAUCAGCUAAAACUGAUGGAUGUUGUUAUAGAGGUUCGAGAUGCAAGGAUUCCUAUGUCCACAAGUCAUCCACAGAUGGAUUCAUGGCUGGGUAAUAGAAAAAGAAUUAUUGUUUUGAAUCGAGAAGACAUGAUAUCCACUGCUGACCGAAAUACUUGGGCUAGCUAUUAUGCUAGGCAGGGGACAAAAAUCGUCUUCUCAAAUGGGCAGCUCGGAAUGGGCACCAUGAAGCUAAGUAGGUUGGCAAAGUCAUUGGCAGGUGGUGUUAAUGAAAAACGCAGAGCAAAAGGACUACUUCCUCGUCCUGUUCGAGCUGGAAUAGUUGGCUAUCCCAAUGUUGGUAAAUCAUCUUUGAUAAACCGUCUGCUGAAGCGACGAAUGUGCCCUGCAGCUCCAAGACCGGGUGUUACCAGAGCACUAAAAUGGGUCCGCUUCGGGACAGACUUAGAAUUGCUGGAUUCUCCAGGAAUAAUUCCAAUGAGAAUCAAUGAUCAGUCAGCUGCCAUUAAACUUGCUAUAUGUGAUGACAUUGGGGAGAGAUCUUAUGACGUUUCUGAUGUUGCAGCAAUUCUUGUUCAGAUGCUUUCAAGGCUUCCAACAGUAGGAAAUAAAGCUCUUCAUGACCGCUACAAGAUUGAUACUGACGGUCGCAUUGGGAAAAUUUUUGUUCAGAAGCUUGCACGUCAGUUGUUUAAUGGAGACUCUCAUCAAGCAGCAUUCCGUAUCCUAUCAGAUUUCAGGAAAGGACGGUUCGGCUGGGUAGCCCUGGAGAGGCCUCCCAAGUGGCAUGAACAUUAACUCGGAAGGCUGUAACCUAAUUCUUCAAAAAUACUUCUGAUGAGCUCAAUCCCGGGAAGGCCAUGGUGCUAAGAGUUUAGUAUUUCACGGUGACUAUGAUACUCUAUAUUUAUAAGAAGGUUGGAUUACGUAGAUGGUGUAGAAGAGGGGCUCAGUAAGUAUUUUGUAGUUUCUGAUUGUAAAAUGUAAAUAAUUUGUAUACAUCCUUCCUCAAAUGAAAGGAAUGUGUAGUCCAUUUGGUAUUUUUGUCACCC